AUGGAAGGCUACUCCGUCUCUCAUGUUUUUCGCGGUUUGAUGUGCUUUGUAAACGGUCCAAGUGCACAAAUAUAUAACACUACCACUAGGCAACUUGUCGUUUUACCUAAAAUUGAGGAAUCCAAGAUCAUACCUGAAGAUCACAAGAAGAAAAAUAUCAUGUACCAUAUAGGACACGACUCGAUUCAUGAUCAAUAUAAAGUGAUUUGCACAGUGUCAAGACCGGAUGAAGUAGGAAAGUUCAUAACGUUCCUGUCAGAGCAUUGGGUCUUGCUACUAGGAGGAGAUGAAUCAAGUCGUUGGAGAAAGAUUUCAAGCCCAUGUCUACCACAUUUUCCUUUAACACAAGGACUGACUAUCAAUGGGCAUAUGUAUUACCUCGCUUGGGUUCGUUUGCUUUAUCCUGUGCUUGUGAUUUUCGAUAUUAGUUCUGAAGAAAUCAGUAUGCUCCAAGAACCCGAAGAUGGUUCCGUUUGGUCUCAUUAUUAUACAGAUGUUAUAGAAUACGGUGGAAGAGUAGCUCUUUUACACCAUUCCGAUCUCGGGGACAAAGGUGAGAUGGAACUAUGGGUUUUGGAAAAUGAAGAGAAGAAUGAGUGGUCAAAGGAGACUUUGGUGUUGCAUUCUUCUCAAAUGGAUAUGGUGAAGAUGCAUAUAGUCAAUGACAUGAGUUUGAAGGUACGAGGUACAACUAGAAACGGUGAGGUUAUCUUGGUACCUCAAAAUACUUAUCGUACUCAAACCGGCAAUAUUAUCGCUGAACCUCACAAUACAAUUGUUUUCUACGUUUUUCUCUAUAAUAUACAAGAGAAUCAUUUAAGAAAAGUUGAAAUCAAAGAAUCAUCAAACCCCUAUCUCACCAAAUUGUGGGACGUUAUUGGUUUGGAUGAUAUCGAGAACUUAAUGUAUCUUUAA